GACACACUCGUUCGACCGCCUGCCUAGUGACUCUGGUGGCGAACAGUUUGUGCCGCUGUUCAUUGAUCUAUCUGUGAUUUAGUCGUUAUUCUAAUUGUCUGUUGAAACUCCCAAGUUCUCCGAGCAAGGACACGAUGCCGUCUGACGCUAAGAAAAAGCGAGAUGCCAAGAAGAAGGAGGCUCUGAAGAAUCGGAACAUGCCCACCAAGAAAGGCGACUCGCCGGUUGAAGAUGAUUCACCGCCGACGAACGGCUCUUCAAUCGUAAAUGGAACGAAUGGUGUCACAAGCGAGUACGCAGAGGAUGAAAUGGAUGAGGUGACCAAGAAAUUCGAGGAAGACAUGCGGAUGAACGCUGCUGCCCGCGCCGUCACCGGUGUUCUCUCUAUCCACCCCCGGUCACGCGACGUGAAGAUCGAGAACCUCUCCAUCACCUUCCACGGCUGGGAGGUUUUGCAGGACACCAAGCUGGAAUUGAAUUGUGGACGACGUUACGGACUCAUCGGAAUGAAUGGCUGCGGCAAAUCCGCCCUGCUUUCGGCGAUCGGCCGUCGAGAGCUGCCCGUCCAGGACUGCCUUGACAUUUACCACCUCACUCGCGAGUGCCCCCCCUCAGACAAGACCGCUCUGCAAAUGGUUCUGGACGUUGACAAGGAACGACUCCGGCUAGAGAAGCUCGCCGAGGAGUUGGCCUCCGCCGAAGAUGACACGAGCCAGGAGCAGCUCAUGGAAAUUUACGAGAGAUUGGACGACAUGAACGCUGAAACGGCGCUCGCCAAGGCGUCAUACAUUCUCCACGGUCUGGGUUUCACGCUCGCCAUGCAACACAAAAAGUGCAGGGAUUUCUCCGGAGGUUGGAGGAUGCGAAUCGCCUUGGCACGUGCGCUCUACGUGAAGCCGCAUAUCCUGUUGCUCGACGAACCGACGAACCACUUGGACUUGGACGCCUGCGUGUGGCUGGAAGAAGAGCUGAAAACCUACAACCGUAUCCUGAUUCUGAUUUCCCACUCGCAGGAUUUCCUCAACGGUGUGUGCACCAACAUCAUCCACAUGAAUCAGCGUAAGCUCGAAUACUACGGAGGAAACUACGACCAGUUCGUCAUAACACGCGCGGAGCAACUCGAGAACCAGAUGAAACGUUACAACUGGGAGCAAGCUCAGAUCGCCGACAUGAAAGACUACAUCGCUCGAUUCGGUCACGGAUCGGCGAAAUUGGCACGUCAAGCUCAAUCGAAAGAAAAAACUCUCGCGAAAAUGGUCGCUGGAGGUCUCACGGAGAAGGUGGUCCAAGAUAAAUCUGUGAGCUUCUACUUCCCGUCUUGCGGACCCAUUCCCCCGCCUGUGAUCAUGGUUCAGGGCGUCUCGUUCAGAUACAGCGAUAACACCCCGCUCAUUUACAAGAAUCUCGAGUUUGGUAUGGACCUCGACACGAGGGUCGCUCUGGUCGGUCCCAACGGAGCAGGGAAAUCCACGCUGCUGAAACUUUUGUGCGGUGCGCUCGUGCCCACCGACGGCAUCAUCAGGACUCAUUCUCAUCUGAAAAUCGCGCGUUACCACCAGCAUCUCCACGAAUCGCUCGACGUCGACCUGUCCGCGCUGGAAUACAUGAUGAAGAGUUUUCCAGAUGUUCGUGAGAAAGAAGAAAUGCGAAAGAUCAUCGGUCGCUACGGGCUUACGGGACGGCAGCAGAUUUGCCCCAUCAGACAAUUGUCGGACGGACAGAAAUGUAGAGUUGUGUUCGCUUGGUUAGCGUGGCAAGUGCCUCAUAUGCUCUUCUUGGACGAACCUACGAAUCAUUUGGAUAUGGAAACUAUCGAUGCUCUCGCUGAUGCCAUCAAUCAUUUCGAAGGAGGCAUGGUGCUCGUUUCCCACGAUUUCCGUCUGAUCUCUCAAGUAGCCAAAGAAAUUUGGAUCUGUGAGCAUCAGACGGUCACCAAAUGGCCGGGAGACAUCAAGACCUACAAACAACAUCUGAAAAACAAAGUCAUGAAGGAGCUCGAGAAAAUCAAAGUCUGAGAGCUGGAGUCUAGGGCUUACGUUCAUUGCUACCGGAGACGAAUUAAUUAAUUAUUUUGAUCAAUAAAUUGUUGACCGU